ACGUUAUCAGAGGUGAAACACAAGAAAGCUGAGAACAAUGAACACACUCACAGAACACACUCCCCUCCCUUGGCGGUCCUGGCCCUCUGGGCAAAAUGUCUUCAGCUGAACCGGGAGACUGAGCGGCAUCCUCAGCUGAGCAAGAAGGCAGAUCGGCAUCCUCCGCAGGGCAGGAAGGCAGAUUGGCGUCCUCCGCAGGGCAGGAAGGCAGAGCGACGUCCUCUGCAGGGCGGGAAAGCGGCGCGUCGUCCUCCGCGGGGCAUGAAGGCAGAGCGGCGUCCUCCGCAAAGCAGGAAAGUGGAGCGUCAUCCUCCAUUGACUCUGCAGGCUGAACUUGGUUUUCUGUGUCAGCAGAACUUGGUUGUCCAUAUCAAGGACCUUGGACUGGAACUUGGCGUGGAAGGUCGCCUCGUCGAACUCAGACUGGAACUUGGUGUAGAAGGUCGCCUCGUCGAUCUCGGACUGGAACUGGGCGUGGAAGGCCGCCUCGUCGAUCUCGGACAGGAACUUGGCGUGGAACGUCGCCUCGUCGACCUCGGACAGGAACUUGGCUUGAGAGGCUGUCUCUUUGACCUCAGAUACGAGUCGAUGCAAGUCAACACACACUUACAAAUUUACAAAAUCAAGCGUGACAGUUUGAAUCCAUUUGAAAGUGUCUCUGCUGCAUUUUGCUCACACACUUCACACAUAUGUUUGGUGUGAACAGUUUCCUCACAGAGACACGGCAAGGCAAGUUUAUUUAUAUUGCACAGUUCAUACACAAUGGUAAUUCAAAGUGCUUUACAUAAAAAUUAUGUAGAAAAUACAAGGCAUUAAAAAAUAUAUAAGAACAAAAAAUAAAAGUAAGAAAUAAAAAUUAGAAAAAUUAAUUAAAAUUAACUGGAGAUACAAAAGAAAAAAAAAUGGGUAAAAAGGGGAAAAACUGAAAUGAUAUAGAUCAAUCAGUAAAGUGCAGCAUAGUGUUCAGUCAGUAAAUGCAAGGCUAAAUAGAUGUGUUUUCAGUCUAUUUUUAAAUGUGACCAGCGUUUGACCCAUCUUACUUCUUCUGGAAGCUGGU